AUGCUCGUUCUGAGGAUAUCCGUGGCCGCGCUGGCCCUGGUUUUGAUUAGCGCCUACCCGGCUGACGUGAAAGACAUGAAGGCGUCCGCACAAAAAGCCGCCGACCGCGUCGCGCAAGCCGCCAACGAUGCCGCCGCCACCGCCACCUCCCAGACAGUUGUAUUACCCCAAAAAAUGCAUAGCAAAAGCUACAUUGUCACCAAGGACGGCGAGAUUUUGGACGAAAUUGUACCGCAGGUUGACCCGUUGACCGGAGAUGCGCAGCACAAGUACGAGCAUGAGCCCGACAACAUGCCGAAAGAGGUGAAGCCCAUGGGCGCCACAUCCGUCGGUGAGCCGAAAAAUCGUAGCAAACGAGCCGAAACUACCGUCGAGAAGAAGUUCGAGGAGGGCAAGGCUAAAGGACGAUAUGCUGCUGAGGACGCCAAGGAGGAGUUGAGCAAUGCCGGAGAGCGCGUCAAGGAGGGAGCCCGCGAAGGAGCGCAAUGGGCCGGCGAGAAGGUCGAGGGAGCCAAGCAAUCCGUGAAGCAGGGAGCCCAGGCCGUUGGAGAGACCGUUGGCGAGGGUGUUGAGACCGUCAAGGAGGGAGCCAAGGAUGGAGCCGAGGCUGUCGCCAGGAAGGCCGGAGAAGCUGGAGAAACCGUCGCUCACUCGGCCAAGGAAGGAUACGAAGAGGGCAAGGAAGCUGCUGAAACCUUCGGCGAAACUGUGAAGGACGGCUUCAUGACCGGUGUCAACGCUGUCGGAAGCGCAAUCGGAGGAGCCGCUGAGGCCGUGAAAGAGGGCGCCGAGGCCGGAGCUGAGGCCGUUGCCACCGCCGCCACCGUAGUCAAGGACGGAGCCGUUGAGGGCGCGAAGGUUGCCGGCGAGACCGCUGCCAAGGGAGCCGGAGCCGUCGUUGGAGUUGCCCAGAAUGCCGGUGAGGCCGUCGUUGAUGGCGCCAAGGCCGUUGGAGAGACUGUUGCUGAUGGAGCCAAGGCCGCCGGACACGGAGUUGCUGAGGGAGCCGGAGCCGCCGCUGGAUUCGUUGUGCGAACAGGCGAGGGAGCCGUCGACGUCGCCAAGGAUGCCGGUGAACACGUUGCCGAGGGAGCCAAGACGGUCGCCCAUGGAGCCGCCAAGGGCGCCGGAGCCGUCGUGGAGACCGCAUCGCAGGGCGCCGAGGUCGUCGCUGAUGGCGCGAAGGCCGCUGGCCGUGGAGUCGCGUAUGGUGCUGGAGUCGUUGGAGGAGCCGUCGCGAAGACUGGUGAGGGAAUCGUUGAGACUGGGCGUGACGCGAAGAAUGCUGUCGGCCGGGGCAUCGAGAACACCGGCGAGGCCAUCCAGGAC